AUGGCAACACAAGAUUCAACAGGCGACGGGUGGGCGCAUCACUUUUCCGUCGCCAAUAUACCCUUUGGCAUAGCGUCGUCGCCGCGCUUCCCCUCACCCCAGCCCGUCACCCGGGUCGACAACGACGUCAUUUUUCUUCACAAACUCUAUGAGCAGGGACUGCUGAGCAGUGUGCCGGACCUCCCCGAUGGCGUUUUCAAGUACUCAACACUCAAUGCCUUGGCGGCCCUGCCCAAAACCGUCCACAGCGCCGUGCGCGAGGCCAUACAGAAAGCCUGGCGGGAGGGGAGUGUCUCUAGCGAGAGCAAGGAGGACGUCAGCGGUGUCACUAUGCAUCUCCCAGUUCACGUGAGCGACUUUACAGACUUUUCGUGCAGCCUAGAACAUGUCAAGAAUGCCGGCCGAAUCGUCAUCAACAACGACAACCCACCGCCCGGCUUCUUCCACUUCCCCACCGCCUACGCUGGGCGGGCCAGCUCCGUCGUCGUGUCCGGGACGCCCAUCGAGCGGCCGCUCGGGCACUUCCCCGACCGCACGGCGCAGGUCGAGCCGCCAGCCAAGCCGCCCGUCAUCUUCGCGCCGACGCGGGCCCUGGACUACGAGGUCGAGUUCGCCGCCAUCAUCGGCACGCCGCUGCCCAUGGGCCAGCGCACGGCCAGCGUCGCGGCCGUCGACCGGCACAUCUUUGGCUUCGUGCUGCUCAACGACUGGUCGGCGCGCGACAUCCAGGGGCUCGAGAUGCUGCCGCUCGGCCCCUGCAACGGCAAGAACCUGGGCACCAGCGUGUCGGCGUGGGUGGUGGUGCCGGACGCCUUGUCCCCGUUCCGGGCGCAGGGGCCCGAGCACGUCGGUCCCGUCGCGCCGCACCUCGCCGACCCCGUGCGCGGCACCUUCGACGUGGCCUUUGAGGUUGCGGUGCAGCCCGCCGGCGCGGGGGAUUUUGCCACCGUGGGCAGGUCGAGCCUCAAGGACCUGUACUGGACGCCGCGGCAGAUGGUGUCGCACAUUGUGAGCGCCGGCGCCCCGCUGCGGACGGGCGACUUGAUGGCCACGGGGACGGUGAGCGGCGCCGGGAGGGACAAGGCCGGGUGUCUGCUCGAGGCUACCGAGGGCGGCAGGGUGCCGCUUGAACUUGGGGCAGGCGUGAAGAGAGCGUACCUCGAGGACGGGGACGUUGUGCGCAUCACGGCGGUUGCUGGUGUUCUGGAUCAAGGUUGCCCGCUGGUGCCUGACCUCCCAGACCUUCCUCAGCGCCUCGCCUACCUGCUCCCCGGUUGGCCUGGCCUGCAGAUCCGCCAGAUAGGCCUGCAGGGCCUCGGCGUCCUCGACGGCCUGCGAAGCACCCUGCCCUUGCGUCGGCAGCAUGGCGUGCGCGGCGUCCCCGAUGAGAAUCGCGCGGCCCUUGCUCCACGUCUCGAGCGGGUCAAUGUCGCGCAGCUGCCACAGGCCAAUGUCCUCGUCCGCCGCCAGCUCGAUCAUGGCCAGGAACCAGUCCGGAAAGUCCUUGAACGACUCGAGCAGCGCCUUCUUGGACCCGUCACCGUUCCAAGCCUCGCCGGGAAGGGCCUCGAGCAGCUGAUCGUCGGGGACGAGGCAGACGCCACCGUACAGCUCCCCGCCCCUCGCAGGACCGAACAGCACCCGCCGCUCGUGGCCCAGCAUCAUGGUCGUGCCGGGCCGCUCGAGGUCGCCAAUCUCAGGCGGCGCGCCGUGAUCCCUGAUCACGGUCUCGACGAUGGGCCGCGGCAGGUGGAUGCGGUACGCCGUCAGGCCCGUCGGGUGGACGUCGCACUUCCUGCCCACCACGACGUCCCUCAGCGCCGACCUGAUGCCGUCCGCGCCCACCACGACGUCCGCGUGCACCACUUCGCCGUCCUCGAGCGUCACGGUGCCCUGUUCAAGAUCGCAGCCCACGACCCUGCACGCCGUCCUGAUGAGCGCGGGCGGGCCGGGCCGGUCGGUGCUCUCGGCGGCGCGGCGCAGCGCGCCGUGCAAGUCCUGCCGGUGGUACAUGACGCGGUCGGCGCCGAACUUGGCCCGGUCAAAGGUCAUGGAGUUGACCAGCUUGCCGGUGGCGUCGCGGAUCAUGAAGGCCCGGUCCGAGAGCGGUUUGCAGGCCUCCAGGAACGACGCCAGGCCCCAGUUGUCGAUUAUUCUCGAGGCGUUGGGCUGCAGGGAGAUGGUCGCCCCGACUUCGCGGAGCAUGCGGGAGCGCUCGAGGACGGUGAUCUGGCGGCCUGGAGCGCGGAGGGCGAUGGCCUUUUUUGGGAAGUGGUGUGA